AUGGGCUGGGCCCCCGCGCCGCCCCGCCUGCUCCACGCGCGCGGCAGCCGCGGCGGGAUACGCGCCGCCCGGGCCCCGGCAACCCCGGGAACCCCGGUCCGGGGCCUGCGGCCUGCGCCGCCUCGGCUGCCCGGAGCCCCGCGCGCCCCGCCGUCCGCGACCGACGGCAUUCGGGCGGAGAGCGAGCGCGGGCUGCCGUUUGGGGCAGGGCGCCCGCCGGGCCCGCGCGGUCGCUCGGUGUCCCGGGCCGGUGUGCGGGCGCCCGGGCGGCGGCUGGCUCGGACGAGGCUUGCUCCUUGCAGCCGGCGGGCCCCGGGCAGCCCCGGCGCUGGCGGGAGCCGGCCGAGCUGGACGAAGGUGCCCCGCGCGCCCCGGAUACGCACCUGCCGGCGUCUCGGGCGCCCCCGACGGCGGGAGACGCCACCGAGCUGCGCGCCCUGCCCCCGGCAAAGCUCACCUGCCCAGCUCUGGGAGCCCCAGAGCUGGCCUGCUCGGGUCCCCGGGCGCGCGCCAUGGCCCACUGGUAAUGGACGGCGCGGAGAAGACUCGGCCCGGCCGCGUCCGUGUUCGUUCGAGGGUCUAA